AUGCGACGAGACGAUUUCGAGCGACGCCGCCUGCGUGACUUGUACGACCGCAACGUCCGCCGGGUUCGUGCACUCGCGGAGGCGCGCGACGGCCGCCGAUCGGACCGAAAUGACGACGUGGCGGCCCCGCGGCGUUUCGUCGUGAGUGAGCGCCGCACGCGUCUCGAGGGUUUCGGCCGGGGCGGCUUCCAAGUCCGCCGCAGCCGCCGCAAUAACAACAACAAUAAUAAUAAUAAUAAUAACAACAAGCCGGGCCGUCGCUUCAGUGACCGCGGUGUUUACCGCCAGGCGGCGCGCGAUCGUUUCGCGCGGGACGACGACUUGGACCGGGCGAUCCGCCGCGGCCGCCAAAAUAACAACGGCGGCUUGCGAUUCGGCCGCCUGCGCUUGCGCCAACGCGAGCGCCGCGAACUGCGGGAACUGCGCGCCUUGCGGGAGCUGCGGGAACUGCGCGAACUUCGCCGCGCAAGAGCAAAGAAUAACAGCAGUAAUAAUAAUAAUAAUAAUAACGGCGGCCGGCGCGAGAGGAACCGCCGCGGCGACGUAGAUAAGGCACACAAUCGCCAUAAGAAUGAACACCACAGGGGCGCUGCUCCCGCCGGUCGCGGACGUGGACGACAGCAGCCAGUGACAAAGGAAGGUCUUGACGCAGAGCUUGAUCGUUUCCGAGGUGCCAACUAG